UGUGUUGCUGCAUUAGUGUUGGCUAGCGCAGCUUCACGCGCACCUCACUACGGAAAAUAAUCGAGCUCGCGCGUCGCCUGAGCGUCAGUGCGUCGUGCCAAACACUGCGCCGCUGGAUUUCCGCGGUGGGCGUCGACUGCCUCCUGUCUUUAGAGAUAUUUGGGAAGACUUUAGAUUACUCUUUAAUCGGCUUUUAAUAUUUUCUCUCGGUUUCCCGUGCGUAAAUGCGCGUAAAAAAAUAGAUUUUUCUGUUUGUUUGUUUUUUUUUCAAUUAUUAUUAUUAUUUUUGGUUAACGUGCAAAUAUAGCCUAAUGAAAAUGCAUAGAGGAUAGGAACAGCACGAUUUUGAAGUGCGUACGUUUCGAGAAAAUAGCAAUUCAAUCAGUCAUAAUAAUAAUAAAUACUUUAUUCUCAAAUUCAUCUGGAGAUGAAAAACGGCUGUUUGGAAACGCGUCUCUCGCGCGCGCCGCUCGCGGUCACUCGGGAUUCCGCCGAUCGCGCGGAGCGAAACUUCACCGCGUGCUGGACAUUACCGGAAGAGCGAGCCAACCGGCGCUGGACGCGGAGCAGGAGACGGGAGCGCGGAGGCGGACGCCGUCUUUUUCCCGAGCGCGUCGAGAGCAGCAGGUUGCGUUGAGGAAUGCCGGCUCCGGGGAUUUGGGAUACGCUGGGAAGGUUGGUGCUGCUUCCGUUGCUCGCGCCGGGCGUGUUGGUGCUCAUUUUGACGCCCGCGUGCCUCCUCGCGCACCCGCAGCCAUGUCAGAUCCUGAAACGGAUCGGGCACACGGUGCGAGUGGGAGCUGUGCAUCUUCAGCCCCGCGCCGUGACGCACAGCUCCCUCGGGAGGAAAGGAAUCGAGUGGGAUUGGGACGCGGACAGAGAAACGACCUGGGAACAGCUCGAGUUAGUCAGGAAAAGUGUAAGUGAACAAGGUGCGAGGGAUGUUAGGACUAAAGGCUCGAACCAGCAAAAAGGCGCGAAAAGUAAAUCCGUGCACAAACAAGUCGCGAGCGCGUUUCUACCCAGAGACUCCAUCUUCCUGGCCGCGGAGACUCUGAACCGAUUACCGAACCUGUUACCGUACAACCUGUCACUGGAGAUCGUCAUGGCUGUGGAGGUAGGACUCGGCGAGCUACCGGCUUUCUCCUUCUCCUCUUCACCUCCUCCACCUGUGUGUUCCGACCCCAUGUCGUUCCUGCAGAGUGUGUGUCACACGGUCGUGGUUCAAGGCGUUUCAGCCAUCAUGGCGUUUCCUGAGAACAGAGACGAGUUCAUCAAGUUGGAGUUCGUGUCCUCCUCGCUGCACAUUCCAGUCAUCAGCGUCGUUCAGAACCAGUUCAGGCGUCAGAGUCGGAACUCGCUCCAUUUCCAGAUGGCCAUGCAGAAUCCCCAGACUCCUCAGGUGGACUUAAUCUAUUCUCUUCUUUCCAUUAAUAAUUGGUACGAUGUGAGCCUGCUGAUGUGCCAGGAGCUGAAUAUUUCCCAGUUCAUCUUCCUGCUUCGCAACAACUCAAAAUUUCACCUGGGCUCCAUAGUCAACAUUUCCACUAACAGCAGCAGCAAAAGUGACUUUCAGACAGCCCUGCAGAGUCACAUGACCUCCAUUAAGGACAUAACAUCCACCAUUGUGACUUUUGGAUGUGAUAUUCGGGACAUAAAGAGGAUCUUUAUAACCAUAGCAAAGCUUGGGUUAGUGCUGCCAGACUACCACUGGAUUAUAGGGGACUCGCAGAACGUGGAGGAGUUAAGGACCGAGGGGCUGCCGAUGGGCCUUAUGGCGCAUGGGCGAAUGAGGCAGCCUGCUCUGGAUCACUACGUUCAGGACUCUUUGGAGUUUAUUGCCAGGGCCGUUGGAUCAGCUGCCACUGUGUCUCCAGAGCUGGCGCUUAUCCCUGGCAUCACAAACUGCAUGGUGAUUGAGGAUAAAAAUCUCACCUCAGGAAGCUAUCUGUCCAGGUUCAUGGCCAACACAUCAUUUGAUGGGCUAAGUGGCUCCAUUCAUGUUCAGGAUGAAUCUACCAUUAUCUCCAAAAGCCAUCACUUUAUUUGGAAUCUGCAGCAUGAUCCAUUAGGGAGCCCUGCAUGGACGCGACUUGGUAGCUGGAAGCAGGGAAAAGUGGUACUGGACUAUGGAGUUUGGCCUAGUAAGAAACGUUCACACCCAGGUGGCGAUUGGAGGCAUUCCUCCAGGUUGCACCUGCGGGUAGUGACGCUGGUAGAGCACCCCUUUGUAUUCACGCGAGAGGUGGAUGAUGAUGGUCAGUGCCCAGCAGGGCAGCUGUGCCUUGACCCACUCACCAAUGACACAGCACUCCUUGAUGCCCUCUUCCAUGGCCUGCAGUCUGGCAACAGCACAGUUCCCACCAAGCUCAAGAAGUGCUGCUAUGGCUAUUGCAUAGACCUGCUGGAGAAACUAGCUGAGGAUGUGGGUUUUGACUUUGACCUCUAUAUUGUGGGAGAUGGAAAGUAUGGUGCCUACAAGAACGGCCGCUGGACAGGCUUGGUGGGAGACCUGCUGAGUGGUGCAGCACAGUUGGCUGUCACUUCAUUUAGCAUCAACUCAGCUCGCAGUCAGGUUAUCGACUUCACCAGCCCUUUCUUCUCCACCAGCCUGGGCAUCCUAGUGAGGACAAGAGACACGGCAGCACCCAUUGGUGCCUUCAUGUGGCCCUUACACUGGAGCAUGUGGCUGGGCAUCUUUGCAUCUCUCCACGUUACUGCUGUAUUCCUUACCCUGUAUGAGUGGAAGAGUCCAUUUGGGAUGACGCCCAAAGGCCGAAACAGGGACCGUGUAUUCUCCUUCUCUUCAGCACUCAAUGUUUGCUAUGCCAUCUUGUUCGGUAGGACAGCUGCCAUCAAGCCACCCAAGUGCUGGACAGGCCGCUUUCUAAUGAAUCUCUGGGCCAUAUUCUGUCUGUUUUGUCUCUCAACAUACACAGCCAAUCUGGCUGCCGUGAUGGUUGGGGAAAAGACGUAUGAGCAGCUUUCAGGUAUACACGACCCCAAGCUCCAUCAUCCAUCGCAGGGUUUCCGAUUUGGGACCGUACGGGAGAGCAGUGCUGAGGAUUAUGUGAAAAAAAGCUUUCCAGAGAUGCAUGAAUACAUGAGGCGAUAUAAUGUUCCUACAACCCCUGAUGGAAUAGACCACCUUAAGGAUGAUCCUCAAAAACUAGAUGCUUUUAUUAUGGACAAAGCCCUCUUAGACUAUGAAGUGUCCAUUGAUGCUGAUUGUAAAACUCUCACAGUGGGGAAACCAUUUGCAAUUGAAGGCUAUGGCAUUGGUCUCAAACAGAAUUCGCCUCUGACUUCAAAUAUCUCUGAGCUGGUUAGCCAGUACAAGUCAGAUGGAUUUAUGGACAUGCUGCAUGAUAAGUGGUACAAAGUGGUGCCCUGUGGGAAAAGAAGUUUUGCUGUGACAGAGACUUUACAGAUGGGGAUUAAACAUUUCUCAGGGUUAUUUGUAAUGCUGUGCAUAGGAGUCGCUUUGUCUCUCCUCACAACUAUUGCUGAACACGUUGUCCAUCGCUGGGUGAUACCCAAGAUGCAGAACAAGCCACAGUACUGGCUUCAUACGAGUCAAAGAUUGCAUCGAGCACUUAACCCGACCCUCAAUGAAGACAAAUUAUCAACUGUUGCGAAACCGGAAAAAAGGUGCAACAUUGGGAACAACCAGCAAAAUCUCUGGAACGUCUGUGAAAACUCGGUCUGCCCACGUUGUCGCCUUUCCAACCAAGAGGAACAGCAGAACAAUUUGGAGUGUUUACAGUGUAAAGAGCUCCUCCCCCCUCCUCCUCCUCCUCCUCCUCCUCCUCCUCCUGUUUCUCCUCCUCCUCCUCAGCUGAAAAGACAGCUUCCUCUACAGUCGAAUGGGAAAACAGACCUGCUGGGCCUGGCACACAGCCCAAUAGUGCAGGAGCUGACUGACCUGGAGACUCACAUUCAGAUCAUCAAACAGCAGCUCCAGCUGGCCAUGAAGAAAAAAAAGGAGCUGGAACAGUACCAGAGAACCAACAUGGCACCCGAGUCCUAGAGCAGUCUCUGAAGCUGUUUUGGGGAAGUCUGUGACUCUGCGAAAUUAAUGAUGGAUUAUUUUGCUUCCCAAGUCGAAGCUUUUCAUGUU